CCACAUCCGUCUCCACCGUCUCUGGGGCUGAACGUCUGACGACUGCCAGACCAAAUGUGGAGAGGAGAGAAAGGCGUGGGGCUUUUUCUUUUGGAGCCUAGAUGAGAGUCGGUAAAAUGCUUUAAUGGAGCGGAUCUUUCAUUCAAAGGAGAUGCGCGUCUUCACGUAAGGGAUCAAGAUUUGUGUGAAUGCUAUUUUUUCCCUGCAGUCUUCUUCACCACAAGAUGGGGAAGGUCUUCACCAAUUUCUGUGACUAUCUACAUGGUCUCUGGAGAUGCCCACAGAGGAUGCCCUUUCACUGACUGGAUAGAGGCAGUUGGUUUUUAGAAUGAGGUCCCUGAAGAAGACGGUGCUGCUUGCCAUCCUGGCGUCCAUAGUUCUGGUACUGGCCCUCCUUCAUUCUUGGCCCACCCGGGCCUACACCACUGUGGAUGUGUGGCAGCGACCAGGUCUGGAGGAGAGGCUCCCAGAACCAGACCACCGAUUAGGCAACAUCCCUUUUCAUAUUAGGGAUAGUGUGGCAAGUUUGUUGGCCCGUAAUGGGUGCAUAUGUGAGGGUGAGAGUGGAGGAGUGAACCUGCCCUUCGCCCAACUCUUAUUCCCGCGGGUGUCGGCUCACCCGCUGGACACUGCCUUUGAGGCCUCUGAGCUGGAGGAAAUAAAGAGGAGACGGUCCAAAGAGUACAAGAGUUUCCAGAAGAGGUCAGAGACACCUGUAGAUGUUCUCAUUGUAGCAGAGGCCAACAAUCCCUUACAGUAUCCAACACAGGGGGUGGAGGUCCGGCCCCUGAAAACAAUCAUCAUCCCAGGCUUGGCCUUACACGAUAUUCCCAGAGACCGUCACUUGAUAAACAUCACUGCCACACUGGGAACGCUGAACAUGGCAGCAGAGGUAGACGGGGUGAAAGUCAAAGGUGAUGGCGAGAUGCACAUGACUCUGUCGAGCAGCCUCCUGCCGAACCUGAACCGACAGCUGCAGUUUGUCACCUACACAAACACUCUGUUUCACCCCAGCACGGCCGACACAGUGCAGUUCGAGACAGAGGGUCAUCAAGCUGUCUUCAGUAUCAAGAUCCGUCACGGUGUCACGCCUAAACUGUACAACACUGGAUCCAGAGGAGACUACAAUGUCAGCGCCCUCGUUACCAUAGCUACGAAGACCUUCCUGCGUUACGAUAAGCUUCAAGAUCUUAUCGACAGCAUCAGAAGAUAUUAUCCCACUGUCACCAUAGUAAUUGCUGAUGACAGCGAAAAUCCCCAAACCAUCUCCGGGCCUUACAUCGAGCAUUACAUCAUGCCUUUUGGAAAGGGAUGGUUCGCGGGACGGAACCUGGCCGUUUCCCAGGUGACCACAAAGUACGUGCUGUGGGUGGACGACGACUUCAUCUUCACAGCCAACACCAAGCUGGAGAAGCUGGUGGACGUUUUGGAGAAGACCACGCUGGAUCUGGUGGGUGGUGCAGUGCGGGAGGCCACAGGGUAUACAGCCACCUACAGACAGACCAUCUCCAUCGAGCCAGGGGAGGAGGAUGGUGACUGUUUACACCUGAGGAGAGGAUUUCAUCAAGUCAUCCAAGGCUUCCCCAACUGUGUCGUCACUGACGGCGUCAUCAACUUCUUUCUGGCUCGCACCGACAAAGUCCAGCAGGUCGGAUUUGACCCGCGGCUCACCAGAGUAGCUCACCUUGAGUUUUUCAUCGACGGCCUGGGAUCCCUCCAUGUGGGCUCUUGUGACGACGUCAUUGUAAAUCACGCAACCAAAAUCAAACUGCCCUGGGUCAGCCAGUCGGAGAGCGACAAGACUUACGCCAAGUUCCGUUACCCGCCGGCUUCCUCUGACGCCACACACACGAAAAAUGGCCUCCUGUUCUUCAAGAACCGAUUUCAGUGUUUGACUCAUAAUUAGCCCCCCACCCCCCCUCUUUAUCCAACGGUUCCUCUGCUCCUCCUGAGUUGCCAAAGACCUCCACUGUGUCGCGUCAGAUAAGUUUCCCUUGAAAGCCUUUGUAAUAUUCAUUCUGUCCGUGCACGCCUCUCAGCUUUGAACUAACAAAUCCUCUGACAAUGUAAAUAUCCCGAAGCCUGGUAUAGAAGUCCAGACGCUCUUCUAGAGUGAAGAAAAUAGUAUCAAGCGUAUCUUCCUGUUUCCACACUUCAAUCACAGCAUCAUCUGGAUUCAAGGUUAUGAAGGGAUUCUGCUUCGUGUUUGUCAAAUCUUAUCCGGCUAAAUAUUCUUCAGUGGAUGGAACAUGGAGACCAAGCUUUGGGAAAAACUCUUGACAGGUAGCAUCUUGACAGUCACUUCAUUGUUCUAUUCUAAUGUGAGCAGAGGGAUGUGUCCUCCUUCAAUUUGCACUAUCCAAAAAAAGACUGAGCUUGGAAAAGCAACAGUGAUUCAGUCUGGGAAGAAGGCGUCACCUACAGCGACGACAAAGAGACACUUACCACUGGGUUUCAUUUCAACAGAUGCUCCAUGAAAACAGAGCGUUUCUACGCGAGGUACCUUUGCUCUGUGACUGACUGGUCGUGCCAAAGGUGUGGCUGCUUUGCAGUGUUUUUAUCUUGUUUGUGUUAUGGUUUUGCUCACCCCGCCCCUUACCCAGAAUCCUUUGUGUCAUUUGUGAGUGAUUAAUCACGUCUGAGGCAAAGGGAACUCUCUGCUACCUGAACUGAGAGCGGCCUUUUUUUUUUCUUCCGACCAGAAGGAGGAUGAGGAGCGUUUCUGUCCAGUGCACGCCGACGAAAGACGAUGAUACGCUCAUGCCUGAAGCGACAACAGUGUUAUUUUAUACCAUGGCCUUUAGAUGGCGCCCUUGUAUGACGCUAUUGUUUCCUAAUAAGUUAAAAAUUGUUUUUAAACAGUUGUUUGUUAUUAGCAAAGAGGUGCCAGAGAUUUAUAAAAGAUUUUCUUUCCUUUUGUUCACCAACCUGGACGGUAUCUCUGUGGACGGGAGCGAGAAACUAACUUCAUCAGUAAAUCUAUUAUAAAAAAGGCAUUUUGUGUAGUAAUGUGCUCAAAACAAUGUGUCUCAUGUAAGUGUUUGUAAGUGUUAAAAGUCAAGUGUGUACAAUUUAGGUCAAGGGGUCUAUUGGCAGAUGUUGAAUUGGCAGAAACACAGUUAUAUUAACAUCAGGAGCAGGUCCUGUGUCCAGACUGGACAAACUAAAAACCUUUGAGUUUUUAUGACAAAUGAAGUCUACCACAGGUUCUCUUAUGUUUGGAAGGGGAGGUGGAGGUGAGGGGUAUUCAGCUGCAACAUGCAACUUCACCACUAAAUAUCACUAAAUUCUACACACUGAACCUUUAGCAAAUCCAUAGCAUUUUUUAUAAACAGUGAUAUUUAUUGUGUUGAAACAAAAAUUGAACUUAGCCUGCUUCACCCAAAAAACACUAUUGUGAGUCUUCUGAUCACAACAUAAUGAGCAUUUUUUGUAUUUAUUUAUUUCAAAUGUUGACAUUAAAAUGCCUGUGGGAAAAAAACAUAUUUGUGCAAUAUUUUAGUUAUAAUAGUAGUAGUAGUAGUAGUAGUAGUAGUAGUAGUAGUAAUAUCAAAUGCCCUUCCAGCUCCAGAAAGUUUAAGACUUAAUGUAUAACAAAAAGGUAUCCAAGAAAAGGUCACUGUUGUGUAGAAACCUAUUAUUUCAGUUUCUUCAUUAAGGUCAGGUUUUAUCAAUGCUAUGAAUAAGGGACUGUGACAUCCUAACACGUAUUGGUUCACAUCACUACAGUCAUUUUGUGACUGAUCCAAAACAGUCACCAAAUACAUUCCACGGGUAAAUGUUUUGGAAUUAUGAGGAAGAUAGAAUUGAGCAAAAUGAAGCACUGUUCGAUUUUGACUUUUUUUUUCAAAGGCAGAGCUAUAAUUUUUAUUUUAUAUGAACACAGGGGUUAUUAGACCACUUUCUAAGUGUCACCACUUAAGAAUCAUUUAACUAUUAUUACCAAUAUUUUAACAUGUCCUGGUCAGGGUUGAUUGAAAACCUCAGGAAGUCGAAGGUUGAUUUGUGAUGACAGGGGCAGGUUGAAUGACACUAUAACAGUCAUUAUUUGAGGCAGUAUACUUGUAAGUACAUAGUUAUGAGCCACAUGUCAUUGACCCAGAAAGCUGCUUGAGUACUGCAAGUCCUCUAAAAAAACAUGUGGGAUA